AUGCCAAACGGUAAUGUAGUGUUGAAGAAAGAACUGGGACUCAUAGGAGCUACGUCCAUUGUUAUUGGCAGUAUCAUUGGUAGGUUCAUGUCAUUUGACAUUCACAGUAUUAUUGGUAGGUUAAUGUCAUUUGUCAUCCUCAGUAUCAUUGGUAGGUUCAUGUCUUUUGAUAUCUACAGUAUCAUAGGAUCUGGAAUUUUUAUCUCACCUAAGGGCGUUCUUGUUGCUACUGGAUCGGUUGGGCUGUGCAUGAUUGUCUGGGCAAUAGCUGGGAUUAUCGCCCUUGGUGACAUUGUCAUGUUUUUCCAACAGUACACCUUCAUCACAGUACCUGGUUCUCUGGUCAUCCAAUCCCUGACGUUCGCCAGGUACCUGGUUCCCCUCCUGCCCACCUGUGGCACACCUGUACAGCUGGAGAAAAUUGUCGCCGCCACUGGUUUAUUUACCCUCUACCUUGUGAACUGUUCUGGCACUCGCUACAGCGCUCAUGUCUCUGUCGUCACCACAUUCUGCAAGUUGCUGGCUCUAGCGGUCAUUGUAGUGACCGGUCUGGUGGCCAUAGCUCAAGAGUAG